ACCAACCACAUCAUCAAGCUCAUCCGCCAAGAUGGACUCUUACCAACCCCAGCCCCAAGGUGGCCGUGCCUGCUUCACCUGCGGCCAGACCACCCAUCUGUCACGUGACUGCCCCCAGCGUGGUGCCUCCAAGUGCUACAACUGCGGUAACGAGGGUCACAUGUCUCGUGACUGCCCCGAGGGCCCCAAGGACCCCUCGAGCAAGGCUUGCUACCGAUGCGGUCAACCCGGUCACAUCAGCCGUGACUGCCCCAACGGUGGUGCUGGUGACAACCAGGGUCGCCAAGGCGGUUCAUCCGAGUGCUACAAGUGCGGUAAGGUCGGACACAUCGCUCGCAACUGCCCCGACGCUGGUGCUUACGGCCAGGGUGGCCAGGGUGGCGGCCAGGGCGGCUACGGCGGUGGCGGCUACGGUCAAGGUGGCCAGGGUGGCCAGGGUGGUCAGGGCCGCACCUGCUACUCUUGCGGCGGCUACGGCCACAUGUCCCGUGACUGCAUCCAGGGCUCCAAGUGCUACAACUGUGGCCAGACCGGUCACUUCUCCCGUGACUGCCCCAAGGAGUCCACCGGUGGCGAGAAGAUGUGCUACAAGUGCCAGCAGACCGGCCACAUCCAGAGCCAGUGCCCCAACAGCAACUAGGAGUAAGGCGGUUGUCACUUGACAGUUCAGGAGGUCGUCGUUUUUCCAGGAAUUCGUCCUUUCUUGCUCGCAAACUUGUUUCCCUUUGUUUAUCGGAAUGACCCAUACGAUUGCAUGGCGUUGUCGCACAAAAAUAUUUACCGGAAAAGCUCUUGGAGUUCAGGGUUCUUCGGCUGGCUUUUGCAUGGAUACAUCCAGACGGUUUCUCAUGGCAUUGUCUGGAUCCCUAGGAAUGAGACAUGAAUGAUGCAGGCAAUAUGCUGCUGCUGUUGACACUCUAGAUAGAGUAGGGUCUGUAGUUACUAUUGGUAACUAAUGUACGCUGAGAAUGUGACCUGAAAC